UUAGAACCAGUGGCUUUCAGAGCCCCUGUGGCUCAACUAGUGAGAGGGCAGAGUCUCAGUCCGGGGCCAAGAGAGGCUCUUGAGACUUCCUAAAAAAUGGCAAACGAAUCCAAAUGGCGCGGAGAAUCGAAAAGAAUCAAGACGGUCUCUCUGGUGCCGAUUGCGCAGGCGAUCGAAAGAAGUAGGCGCGAUCGGGAGGAGCGGCAGAAAAUAGUCCUGUGGAAGAAGCCGUUAACUACCUUGCGGUACUUCUUACUAGAAACUGUGAUUAACUUGAAGGUCUGGGCCUAUAGAGUAUGGUGGUGGCGAAGCAUCUUGCUGUUAACUCUUCUGCUAUUGAUCUCCGCCGGGACUGUCUGUUACAUCGAAGGACCUCACCAGCUGUAUGUGAGUUACUUAGAGAAAAAGAUACUGUGGUGUAGCUACUGGGUUGGUCUAGGAAUUUUGUCCUCUGUUGGCCUUGGCACUGGUCUCCAUACUUUUCUGCUCUACCUGGGCCCUCACAUUGCUUCUGUUACCCUGGCUGCUUAUGAGUGCAACACUGUUAACUUCCCAGAGCCACCCUAUCCUGAAAGGAUUACCUGCCCAGAUGAAGCUAUCCAGGAAGAGUUUAUUUCUUUAUGGGCCAUUCUGUCAAAGGUUAGGCUUGAAGCCUGUAUGUGGGGUGCGGGCACAGCCAUUGGAGAACUGCCCCCUUACUUUAUGGCCAGGGCUGCCCGAUUGUCAGAGCUUGAACCUGAUGAUGAGGAUUAUGAGGAGAUUGAAGAGAUGUUGGAAGAUCCCGAUUCUCCCCAAGACUUUGCUUCUUGGGCUAAGAAAGCUAUACAGACCCUGGUGAAAAAGGUUGGAUUUUUUGGAAUAUUGGCCUGUGCUUCAAUUCCCAACCCUCUAUUUGAUCUGGCAGGGAUAGCAUGUGGACAUUUCCUGGUUCCCUUUUGGACCUUUUUUGGUGCAACCCUCAUCGGAAAGGCUAUAGUGAAGAUGCACAUUCAGAAACUCCUUGUUAUUAUGGCCUUCAGCAAACACAUUGUAGAACAGAUGGUGACUCUCAUUGGUGCUAUCCCCACUUUAGGCCCUUCUCUCCAGAAACCAUUCCAAGAAUACUUUGAGGCGCAGCGCCUAAAGCUUCAUCACAAAUCUGAGAUGAAGAACAUAAUGGAGAAAGAAAACUGGGUGUCCUGGGUGUUUGAAAAGCUGGUUGUUGUGAUGGUGGCCUAUUUCGUAUUAUCUAUAAUCAAUUCCAUGGCCCAGAGUUAUGCCAGACGAAUCCAGCAGCAAAUGAACUCAGGAGAAAAAAUGAAUUAAAGCAAAGUUUGACAUGUGCAUUCACAGAAAUGAGGAUUAAUGGAGUCAACUGGAAUUGGACUAUUAUAGAAAGAAAAGAAGAAACAACCUCUUUUUCCACACUAAUGAUUUUUUUUCCUGUGGGACUUGAAGGAAAACACCAGGUUUGAAAGCAAUUAGAUCAUACUUGUCAUUGGUACAAUCAUAUGGACUCUUCAUUUCAUUGGGAUGGGUUUUCAUAGAGAGAUAUGGACUUAAAAGUUAUUUCCCAGGUGAAUGCACAGUGGCAAAAUUAAAAUUCAGCCACCUUUGUCUUAAAAAAUCAUUCAAUAAACUUUGUCUUGACAUUAA